UGUAUUGAGCUGGAUUUAGUUUAGUGCUGUAUGGGGAACAUGCUCUUCUGAGAUUCUGUUACCCCGGGGUCAAAUUCCCAUCUUUUUCUCGAUCACCUAUUCCGUGUCUUAAUUCAGCAGUUCGCCAUACUUAUAACGCCUUAACAUCUGUUCAGAUCAUGGCGUUAAUCACGCUAUCGCGGCUACUCGAGGCGGCCGUGAUCUCGACUAUUGUGUAUUACGUUGGAGUUCUGAUUUACCGACUGUUCCUCCACCCUCUGGCAAGAUUCCCCGGUCCCAAACUUGCCGCCGCGACGGAUUAUUAUGAGUUGUAUUUCGAUGUCGCCAAGGGCGGCAUGUUUCUAUGGGAGAUCGAGAGGAUGCAUGACAAAUAUGGUCCAAUCGUUCGAAUAAAUCCCGACGAACUCCACAUCCGCGAUGCCGAUUUCUUCGACGAGAUCUACGGCACCGGCAACAAGAAGCGCGACAAGUACGACAAAUGGGCGAAGAUGGCCGGCGCGCCGACGUCCACCUCGACGACGGUGAAGCACGAUGUGCAUCGGCAGAGGCGUGCACCCCUCAACCCGUUCUUUGCCAAGCGCUCCGUCGUGAGCCUCGAGCCGAAGAUUCAGGAGAAGGUGGACGGCUUGUGUGCGCGGUUGGAAGCAUUCGCGAAGACGGGGGAGCCGUUUCGGCUGGAUGUGGCGUAUGGCGCGCUGACGACCGACGUGAUUAUGGAGUAUUGCUACGGAUACAGCUACGGCUAUCUGCAGGAUCCGAACUUCAAGUUGGAAUGGAAGGAGUCCAUGGACAUGGUGUUCUCCGGCUCGCAGUUCCGGCGCGCAACCCCAUGGCUCACCCAGCUCAUGCAGAACUUUCCGGACGAGUACAUCCUCAAAAUGGCACCCGGACUAGGCGCCCUGAUCAACUUCCAGGCGGAACUGAAGAAGGAGGCGGAAAAGGCGUUCAACACCCCGAAAGAGAAGCGGAGCGCCGAGCCAUCGAUUUUAAAGACGCUGUUGGAAAGUGACCUGGUGCCUCCUGAGGAGAGGACCAUCGCCCACCUAGUCGACGAAGGCAGCACAAUCGUCGCGGCGGGCGUGGAGACGACCGCGAAAUCAUUGGCGACCACGACGUUCUACUUGCUUGCUACGCCUGGGGUUCUCCCGAGACUUCAGGCGGAGUUGAAGACGGUGAUGCCGCGCCCGGAUUCCAGGGCGACCUGGACAGAACUCGAGCAGCUCCCGUAUCUAUCCGCAGUUGUGUAUGAAGGAAUCCGUCUCUCAUACGGCGUGACCACCCGAUCACCCCGCCAGAUGGACGAACCGCUUCGAUAUAAGGACUGGGUCAUUCCUCCAAGAGCCGCCGUCAGCCAAAUCUCCUACUUCGUCACCAUGGACCCCACCAUCUUCCCCGACCCCACCCACUUCAACCCCGACCGCUGGCUCCAAGAAAAGCGCCUCGACCACUACCUCGCCAACUUCGGUAAAGGUAGUCGCAUAUGUCUGGGCCUCAACCUCGCGUACGCCGAGAUGUUCCUCACCCUCGCGUCCGUGUUCCGCAGAUUCGACCUUGAGCUGCACGAGACGACGAUCGAUGACGUGAAGAUAACGCGGGAUGCAUUCGUCGCAGCGCCGAAGGAUGGGUCGAAGGGGGUUAGGGGGACUGUGAGGGGGUUGCGAAAGAAUUGAGAGCCUGGCUGGUCUGUCGUAGGUGCUUACGAUACCCCAAAUCCAAUCGUCGAAUACCGCCGAUCUUCGAAUGGUGACUGACGACGGAAUGGGUUGGAAGUCUAGAUCCCAAGGAGGCACCGAUAUGAGAGUGAGGGAGAGGUGGUAGGUUCUCCCCGUUGCCUUCUCUCAGCUCAGGGAGUGGAUUUGAGCUGCGUGAGUAAGGUAAUCGUAAAUACCCCGUUCCGUCCGUCUCGGCGUUUAGAAAUGCAGUGACGACAAUGAACAUAUGAGAAAUCAUUCAGCGAAAUAAAUGGAUCGGCGUGAAAGUCGGCCAUUUGUUCGUAUCAGUGCAUAGCUGGACAGUACACGAAUAGUGCCAGGUCCACUCCUGAAAG